AACAGCAUUUGCCGUGGGCAUUCAGCUGGUCGGGUUUCAUAAUAACGCGGAACGCGUUUAUAUAUUUCCAUUUAUUUACGCCGAUCCCAGUAUGAAUAAUUGAAAAGUUGACAUACUCCCAAGUCAUAUAUGGAUCGGAGUAUUUAAUCUAAACAUUUAUAUAUAUAUAUACACCCAACUGGACUCAUUUUCUUUUGAACAGCCUCACUCUCAUUUAUUUCAAUUCACAUUUUUUCAUUCUUUUCAUCUUCUUUUUUUAAAAUCUCCAUAACAUAGCUGUCUCAACCUGGUCAUCUUAGCUCUGAGAAACAAGAAUGGAGAAAACUGCCUUACGGCACUUAACCUGCAGUUCGGUCUUCUUGGCUGUGUUGGUUCUGUGGAGCUCCUCCGCCGGAGCAGAAGAUCCGUAUAAGUUUUACGAGUUCACCGCCACUUAUGGCACAAAAUCUUUGCUUGGUUUUCCCCAAGAGGUGAUCUUAAUCAACGGCCAGUUCCCCGGGCCGACAUUGAAUACAACUACUAAUGACAAUAUAGUCCUCAAUCUCAUCAACAAGUUAGACCAGCCCCUUCUCUUGACAUGGAAUGGGAUAAAGCAGAGGAAGAACUCGUGGCAGGAUGGGGUUCUCGGAACAAAUUGCCCCAUCCCACCAAACUCGAACUACACCUACGUAUUCCAAACCAAAGAUCAGAUAGGAAGCUACACAUACUUCCCAUCAACUGGCAUGCAGAAGGCUUACGGAGGGUUCGGAGCUAUCAAUAUCAAUCAGAGAAGUGUUAUUGCAGUCCCCUACCCAAAACCAGAUGCCGAUUACACUUUACUAAUUGGUGACUGGUGGAAGUACAAAAAUCACAAAGAAAUGCAAUACAAACUGGACUCAGGAAAACCUCUGUUGCCAUUUCCUAAUGCCCUCCUUAUAAACGGCAAGAAUCACUCGGACAUGAACAUCACGGCUGAUCCAGGCAAAACGUGCAUGUUGAGAAUAUCCAAUGUGGGGUUGAGAAGCUCCAUAAAUUUCAGAAUCCAAAACCAUAGGAUGAAGUUGGUAGAGAUGGAGGGAUCUCACGUGAUCCAGAACUACUACGAUAGCCUCGACAUUCACGUGGGACAAUCUUUUACCGUCCUCGUCACCUUAGACCAGCCGCAACCAAAGGACUACCUUAUCGUUGCAUCGACAAGGUUCAGCAACCGUCUUCUCAACGCCACCGCCGUACUGCGCUACUCAAACUCUAACACUCCAGCUGCUCUUGACCGUAUUCCCCCGGCUCCCAGGGGCCAACUGCACUGGUCUAUGAAGCAAGCCAGAUCUAUCAGGUGGAACUUGACAGCAAAUGCAGCGAGGCCGAACCCGCAGGGCUCGUACCACUACGGGACGAUCAACAUAACGAAGACGCUGGUGUUGACCAACUCGGCGCCAGUCAUGGAAGGGAAGCAGAGAUAUGCCGUCAAUGGGCUGUCUUACGUCAACCCAACCACCCCUCUGAAGCUCGCGGAUUGGCUCAACAUCACGGGCGUCUUCACCCUCGACGACUCACCAUUCCUGCAGACUCUUCGUCCUUCUGGAGGCCCCGUGGCCCCCUAUCUUGCCACCCCCGUUAUCCCCGCUACCCUCCACGACUUCGUCCAGAUCGUCUUCCAAAACAACGAGAAAACCAUGCAGUCUUGGCACUUAGAUGGUCACGAUUUCUGGGUCGUCGGUUAUGGAUCGGGAAAAUGGAAUGAAGGGUUUAAGAAGAAAUAUAACCUUGUUGAUGCUCCCACCAGGCAUACUGUACAGGUUUACCCAAAUCGAUGGACAGCUAUACUGGUGUCAUUGGACAAUAAAGGGAUGUGGAAUAUAAGGUCAGCAAUGUGGGACAGAGCAUACCUAGGACAACAAUGUUACCUCAAGGUCUACUCCUCAGAGAUUAGUCUUCGUACUGAAUAUGAGAUCCCUAAGAAUGCUCUUCUCUGUGGCAAAGCUCUCCAUCGUUAAUUAUUAGCUUUAUCAUCUCAUCUCAUUCAGAUCAACUAUAAUUAUACGGAUCAUCGCAGUUCAUAUAUAUAUACAUAUACAUUUGUAUACUUUGUUUGUACCUGUUUUUGUUUACACACACACAUAUAUACUUACGUCAAGUUUUCACACAUCAAAACAAAACCCGACUGUGUUUGCUUCGUUUUGGAGCAUCUUGUAAUUUGUCUCUGUUUUCUGGUCUAUUGUGGACAAAACCAUUUCCACAUUCAUCCUCAAUUAUAUAACUUUCUCAUUUGUCUUUUAAUUUCACAAUCCCAGUGUAAUAUUUUGGUAUACUGGUAUAAAAUAAAGAACUACUUACACU